AUGACGUUCUCCAGUGAGGAAUGGGAGGAGAUAUCCCAAACUAUCCCGAGCACUGAGGAGCCCUUUUUCCAAAAGUAUAUAGAGGGGCGUGAUGCCUUGAUCGCCCAAGAAGCCAAGCAACGCAGCGAUGCCUCAUUUCGUCAAAACCUCUCUCCCAUUGCCAAAAAGGCUUGCGAUAUAGUCGCACGCAUCCGCGAUGAAGAGAAAAAGACCCACUGGACCUCUCAGUUUGAGGACUCUCUCGCGCUCAAGGAAGAGAACAUCACCGUGCAUCCGGGCAUGAUGUUCUCGCUUUCCAAGGAACGCAUGGAGUCGACCAAGCUGUGGAAGAUAAUCCGGCAGAUGCCCAAGGGCGCGCUCCUGCACGCGCACCUCGACGCCAUGGUGGACUUUACCUUUUUGAUCGACCUGCUGCUCAACGAGCCCGGCAUGCACAUCAUGGCCGACCAGCCGCUGACCUCGCCGGCGGCCCUGGCCGGCGCCAAGAUCGUCUUCCGCUUCCGCAAGACGGCUCUCACCGAGGGCAACAUUUGGAGCAGCGGCGACUACGAGCCCGGCACGCCGAUCCUGCUGACGCAGGCCGCCGACGCCUUUCCCAACGGCGGCAAGGAGGGCUUCUUCAAGUGGCUCUACAGCCGGUGCAGCCUCUCGCGGACCGACGCCGUGGCGCAGCACCACGGCGUCGACGAGAUCUGGCAAAAGUUCUUCAGCUGCUUCCGCGUCGUCGAGACCAUAAUCCACUACGAGCCCAUCUUCCGGGCCUUUUUGCGGCGGCUGAUGCGCCAGCUCAAGGACGACGGCGUAAACUAUGCCGAGCUCCGCUUCUCGUGGGGCCUCGACUACUUUCUCCUCAACAGCGAGGUGCCCGAGCCCGACUACGUCGCCAUGAUGGACACGAUUGACGAGGAGGUCGAGGCCUUCAAGGCCACGCCCGAGGGGCAAGGGUUUUGGGGCCUGCGCUUGAUUUGGGCCACGAUCCGCAUCAACCCGCUCCGCAACAUUGUGCAGAGCAUGGACCACUGCAUCACGUCCAAGAUUACUCACCCGCAUCUCAUUGCGGGCUACGACCUGGUGGGCCAGGAAGACCUGGGCCGUCCACUCAAGGACAUCCUGCCCGAGCUGUUCUGGUUCCGCAAGCAGUGUGCCGAAGAGGGCGUAAACAUACCCUUCUUCUUUCAUGCCGGCGAGUGUCUUGGCUCAGGCAGCGACACGGAUCUGAACCUGUACGACGCCAUCCUGCUCGGGACGCGCCGCAUCGGCCACGGCUUCAGCCUGUACAAGCACCCUCUGCUCAUUGACCUGGUCAAGGACAAGAAGAUCCUGAUCGAGAGCUGCCCCAUCAGCAACGAGGUGCUGCGUCUCUGCGGGUCCGUCAUGAGUCACCCGCUGCCCGCGCUGCUGGCCAGGGGCGUCGCGUGCUCCCUCUGCAACGAUGACCCGGCCAUGCUGGGCCAGGACACGGCCGGCAGCACCCACGACUUUUGGCAGGCACUCCAGGGGUGGGAUAAUCUGGGUCUGGCCGGCCUGGGCUCGCUGGCCGAGAACAGCGUCCGCUGGGCGGCCUUUGAGGAUCAGACGCCAGACGAGUGGAGCCGGGACAUUAGGGAGGCCACCGUCGGCAGCGGGCUCAAGGCCCAGAGGCUCAAGGAGUGGGCGGUCGAGUGGGAGAAGUUCUGCCUGUGGAUCGUGACCGAGUUUGGCGAUCCAGAGUAA